CUCUCUCUCUCGUGUCGAAUAUACGUCCAUCGGUGUCAGAAUGGAUUAUCUUAGAAGUUAGAACUUACGAUCUUCUAAUCCCUCUCUCUCUCUGGCUGUCGUAGUUUGGAGAAGGCACUGAAAGCGCGAGAAAUGGCGGCAGUAAAUGCGUCGAUGGGUGCAUCUUCCUCCCAACCUUUUCUAGCCAUGCAAUCCGUUUCUUACAGUAAUAUAACUCCGCAUGUUUCGAACAUUCUUGCUAGCAGUUUUACCGGCUCUCGUUUGCCAAGGUGUUCCCCUAAGAAGAAGAUAAUUGUCAAGAUUAGUGGAGCUGUGGUAACUGUUGCAACUACUCCUGUUGAGGAAAUCAAGGAGUUUACACUUCCUACAUGGGCUACGUUUGAACUUGGCAUGGCCCCUGUAUACUGGAAAACGAUGAAUGGUCUUCCUCCAACUUCUGGAGAAAAGCUAAAGCUUUUCUAUAAUCCGGCUGCGAACAAACUUGUUCCAAAUGAAGAAUUUGGGAUUGCUUUUAAUGGGGGUUUUAAUCAGGCCAUGAUGUGUGGUGAGCCCAGGGCAAUGCUUAGGAAAAACAGAGGCAAAGCUGAUCCCCCAAUAUAUACCAUCCAGAUAUGCAUUCCUAAGCAUGCUCUGGCUUUGAUCUUCUCAUUCACGAAUGGAGUUGAUUGGGAUGGUCCUUACAAACUGCAAUUUCAAGUUCCAAAGGCUUUGCGAAACAAGCCAGUAGACUUUUUCAACGAGGGUCUAGCAGGAGAUCUGAGUAAAGAAGGUGCCUGUGACAGAGCUAUCUUUCCGGACACAGAACUUGUGGUCAAAAGAUGUGCUAUGAUCGGAAAUUUGACCGUUGAAGGGGGGGAUCGUUGCGAUCUCAAUCUCAUACCAGGAUGCACAGAUCCUAGCUCCUCCUUUUACGACCCACUUGCCAACGUAGAUGAUGGCUCCUGUCCAGUCGAUUUGGAGUAGAAUCAUCCAGUCCAUCCUCUCUUACAACACACAUACAUGUCAUAAUGGAUUAAUCUAUAAAUAAGUUUUCGAACAUAACAUUACACUGAGAAACAGAAAAAGCUUGUUUGGUUAGCUAGAAAACAAAUAUAAUACUGUCAUCACUGCCGAUUUGUCGAGCUA